GGGAGAGAGAGAGGAGAGAGAGAGAGAUACAGUCGGGGGGGGGAGAGAGAGAGAGAGAGAGAGGGAGGCAGGGGAGCAGCUAACAACCGCAAACCAGCCGAACCGGAGAAGGAGAGCUCAGGACAGCUGGCCGAGAGCCGUCCGGGCGGCUUGAAGAUGAGUUCCUGCAGCAGUCGUGCUCUCACCCUGCUCUCGUCCGUGUUUGGGGCGAGUGGGCUGCUCCUGGUGGGGGUGGCAGUGUCCACUGAUUACUGGCUCCUGAUGGAGGAGGGCAUCGUCCUGCAGCAGAACCAGACCACUGAGGUGAAGAUGGCUCUGCACGCUGGGCUGUGGAGGGUGUGUUUCAUUGCAGGUCAGCCUGGUGCGGGGGUGAUGUCGGUGUACCUCUUCAUGAAGCGCUACGCGGAGGAGGAAAUGUACCGUCCCCACCCGGCUCUCUACCGCCCCCGGCUGUCCGAGUGCAGCGACUACAGCGGCCAAUUCCUGCACCCCACGGAGAGCUGGACGCGGCCGGGGCGCGGGCGCAGCAGCUCUGAGGUGUCCAGCGACAUCUCCAUCCAGCUCAACCAGACCCCCCCGCCCCCGCUGCAGGCCCUCCCCCCCGCGCACCCCAAGGCUUCGGGGGGCAUCCUGGGGGGCGCCUCGGCCAGCUACCCGCUGCCCCCGCCCUCCUCCGCCUCCUCCUCGUCCCACGCCCACUCGCACCCCCAUCCCCACCCCCACAGCUCACACCCCCACUCCCACCCCUCCCAGGCCCUGCCCCUGUCCAUGCCCCCACCUGCUGCCGGCCCCCCCCCUCGCUACCACGCCCACCUGCGCAUGAGCGCCUCCCCUUGCUAGAGACAGGAGCAGGCAGGUGCAGGAGAGACUGAGAUCCACACUACAGCACACAGGCUCGCACACUCACUCACUACAGCACACAGGCUCGCACACUCACUCACUACAGCACACAUGCUCGCACACUCACUCACUACAGCACACUGGCUCGCACACUCACUCACUACAGCACACAGGCUCGCACACUCACUCACUACAGCACACAG